UCUCCACUUCUAUCUCAGCUCUGCGAAGAAGAAAAACGAGGAAACCAAGGAUUGAUGUGUUGCUCGCCUUUAAAUUUUAUAUUUUCAUUUUUGCGCACAUAAUCCCCCCACGCCUGACAGCCUCGCCAAAACAGUCAGUGCUUUAGAUGAUUUCUGAUGAUUUUUAUGUGAUGACAGUAAACGGCUGUGUGUAUAUGUGUGUGUGUGUGUGUGUGUGUGCGCGCGCGCUCGCUGUGCUCCGGUUGGCCGUGAUAUAACCGUGUAGGAUCGUUUGGAUGCUGGAGGAAGAGGCUCUGACGCUCCGGGAAGCUUCGUCCACCCCUCUGUGUCCUCCUCAUUCCUGCGACCGGCUGCAUGACCGGUGAUGCUCGGCCUCUCCGCCUGGAUGCGCCCCUCUCUCCGCGGUGUGCCGUCGGUCCCGCUGCCUCUAUCCCCCUAUAGCAGAUUUCCACUGUCGCCGGAGAAAGGUCUAGGGACCACAUAUGGAAACUGGGGAUCAGAAUUUUAGGAAAAAGGAAAACUAAGCAGGCCGUCGUUUGAUUUUCAUAACUUAGUAAUUUUUUUUCUUCCUUUUUUGGCUUGAUUGUUUGUUUGUUUGUUUUUUAUUUGGAAAGAGGGGGUUGAUCGUCCCUGGUUGGUUUAUUUUCCUUCAUCUCUUAAGGAAUGGCUGGUUUUCAUUGCACUCAUGGUACCGGCUGAUUAUUUGGCAUUAUUUAUCAUUCUGUCCUUGAUUUCGGGGGAGCGCUUGAUUCUGCUGGUUUGAAUUUAUUCUGUAAUUCCUUUUCAGCACAUCCAGUAUAUUUUUAACAUAUUUUGGGCCCUGCCUGUCUGUCUUGCCUGUCUCUCAUCACCCUCUUCCCACAGAAUACAUGUGAUAGCCUGAAUCUUCAGAAAUGCCUGUGAUGAGCCUCCAUAAUUCACUGAUCCACCGGGUUGCAUCAACGUAGUCAGAUCUCAUUCUGAAUUGUGUCAUCAUCUGUUGGAGGUCUUUGCUUUAUUUAUUUAUUUAGCUUUAAUUGGGGCCAUUUUAAAGAAAUCAGGCCACAAACUGUGUUAGUCUUAACCGCCCUCCACCCCCACACCCCCAGUGUUUCUUCAUCCCUGUUCAGUAUGAAUUAAUUCACUCUGCGUGCAUGCGUGUGCUCGUCCGUGUACAGGUGUGUGUGAGCGAAAGUUUGGAUCUGCGAGGGAGUGUGUGUGUUUGUGCUUGUGUGUGAGAAUGACAGUGUAGGCUGUAUGUGACAGCCUACGUGGGGGGAGAAAAAAAAUCAGGCGCUACAUGCACAUCAUUCCAUACAUCACCGCUGAAGCUGUGAGGAUUGUAAUGCAAGUUUUAGUCAGCUCAGAAAGCCAAAUUCAGGCCUGAGACAAACCCCGAGAAACAAAAGCAAGCAAAAUCCUCCAUCUUCUCGUUAUCUUGGCCUGUUUCAGAGUUUGACAUUUAGAGGCCUUCCAACUCAACAAAGUAGGCCUACAUCCCAGACCAGGUCUCUUGUGGGAUCUGCUAGAAGCCUGUGUUUUUAGGUCAACUUUUUUUUUCCAGAGCAGGGCAACUUACUGCCGCUUGAGGACUAGAAUUUAGAAACCUCUGUAGCUAAGGGUUCUGUCAUCCAGUCUGUUUGACCCAUCUGUUGGGCCAAACAGCCUCCCAUCCACCCCCCAAAACCUCCACCCUCAUCUUAAUUUUCACCUGUUUGCUGUCCCACCCCAAAACCAACCAUACGAUUUCCCCCGAGCUCCCCUAAUUCCCCCGCCCCCCCAGCGGCCCCCCGCUACCGUCGUCCACCCGACACCGCCCACCCCCCGUUUUCCGAGCUGGCGUGGCGACGCAAACUCACAAAUAUUUACUUCCUGUACAUCAAGAGGAAAGGGGGCCCCCCUUUCGUGGAAUGCGGCAACAUGGGCGUGUUUGACCGCGGAGUUCAGAUGCUGCUGACCACGGUAGGGGCCUUCGCCGCCUUCAGCCUUAUGACCAUCGCCGUGGGGACAGACUACUGGCUGUACUCGCGCGGCGUCUGCAAGAUCAAGAGCACCAACGAGAACGAGACCAGCAAGAAGAACGAGGAGGUGAUGACGCACUCAGGCCUCUGGAGGACCUGCUGCCUGGAAGGUUCUUUCAAAGGCAUGUGUAAGCAAAUAGAUCACUUCCCCGAGGAUGCUGACUAUGAGGCGGAUGCUUCAGAGUAUUUCCUACGCGCUGUACGAGCCUCCAGUAUCUUCCCCAUCCUGAGUGUGAUCCUGCUCUUCAUGGGGGGGCUGUGCAUCGCCGCCAGCGAGUUCUACAAGUCACGCCACAACAUCAUCCUCAGCUCCGGCAUCCUCUUCGUCUCUGCAGGCCUGAGCAACAUCAUAGGAAUCAUUGUGUACAUAUCAGCCAAUGCUGGGGACCCUUCCAAGAGUGACUCCAAAAAGAACAGCUACUCCUACGGCUGGUCCUUCUACUUCGGCGCCCUCUCCUUCAUCAUGGCCGAAAUGGUGGGCGUGCUGGCCGUGCACAUGUUCAUCGACCGCCAUCGAGAGCUGCGCGUGGGGGCGCGAGCUGCCGACUACCUCCAAGGUGCGGCCAUCACACGCAUCCCCAGCUACCGUUACCGUUAUCGGCGCCGUUCACGCUCUUCGUCCCGCUCCACGGAUCCUUCGCACUCUCGCGAGGCAUCACCAGUGGGCCUGAAGGCCUUCGGGACGCUGCCCUCCACCGAGUUGUCCAUGUACACGCUGCCCAAGGGCCAAACGGGCACCCCAACAGCCACCUAUAACUCCACGGAGAGGGACCACAACUUCCUGCAGGUCCACAACUGCAUCCAGAAGGACCUGAAAGACUCAGGCGGCCACAGCAACACCGCCAACCGACGCACUACACCCGUAUGAAACUGAGACAGGGACCUCAGACAUUGAAAAAAAAAAACAAAAAAACAGAGGGAAUUUGGGGGGAGGCGGCAAAUGACAGAGACAGACAGACAGAGGCUUACAGGAAUGGAUGGAGUGAGGGGUAAGCGACAGGAGGGAAGUUCUGAGCGCUCCACAGCACUUCAGAUGAUCACUGAGUUUCUGUUUUAAAAAAGUGAAACAGAGAAAAAAAAAUGCAUAAAAAAAGAAACAUGCAUGAUUUUUCCAUCUGCCAUUGUUUAACAAGUUUUGAACAUGUUUGUAAAGA